UGCACAUAUACACAUGAAACAGAAUAUGCACCUGUUAUAUGCUGCAUAUGUGUUAUGUUUGCUGUACAUGUUUUUGCACUGUUGAGUCUUAUUGUUUGUGUAACAUGCAUGCACUGUACAACCAUCUCACUUUAAAUGAACUACUUCCUUAUAUCGAGCAACUGCUCUUCUUUUUUUUAGUAAUGUAAUCUUGAGAGUCAAUAUCAGGGACAAAUAUCUUAAUGGCCUUUUUUUAAUGUCUUUUUUACAGAAGUAAAAGAUCAAGAUCAGGUAUGGCUCCAGGUUUCCUGCUGGAACUGGGUGAAGAUGGAAGGUGUCUGAGUGCAAUGGACAAGCUUUGCAGCUUGUGUGCUUCAUCUGUUCUAGUUCCAGGUGCUUUUCUUCACUGUGGAGCUUUGAGAACUACAGUAUCAGAGGAUUACAAUUUUGAGUUGACCAGCGUGCAUCAUGGGGGAUGAAAGUAUUAAACUGAGUAAAGAUGACCUAUCGUUGUUUGACGGCUUUGAUGACCUGUACGAAGACAACAUCACCGAUUAUGACUAUAAUGAUUCAUGCUGUGAGCGGGGUGACGUCUGCGACCUUCAUGAGAAUACAGCUUUUGGAGCAGUGUUCAUACCUAUUCUGUAUUCUGUGGUGUUUAUUGUGGGUUUCCUGGGGAACGGAGCGCUGCUGGGUGUUCUGGUUAAGAGCAGGAAGAGCUGGAAUGUAACAGACACCUUCAUCCUCCACCUGGGUGUGGCAGACAUCCUGCUGUUGUUGACGCUGCCCCUCUGGGCUGCACAGGCUGCCCAGAGUGAAGGAUGGACAUUUGGUACACCUCUCUGCAAGAUCACUGGAGCUGUUUUCACGAUUAAUUUCUACUGCGGGAUCUUUCUCCUGGCCUGCAUCAGUUUGGAACGCUACCUGUCCGUCAUCCAUGCUUCCCAGAUGUACUCCAACAGGAACUCCAAGGUUGUUCAUAUCAGCUGUGUGGCUGUGUGGGUCUUCUCCAUGAUCCUCUCAAUCCCUGACUGGAUCUUUUUAGAUGCUGUAAUGGAUGACAGACGAAACAGAACAGAGUGUGUUCGCAACUAUUUCCAGUUUAACAGCGAGACAGUAGAUGACUGGCAACUGGCAUCACGACUGCUCUACCACAUUGUGGGAUUCCUGCUGCCCUCAGUUGUCCUGAUCUUCUGCUACUCCUGCAUUUUGUGGCGGUUGCACUGCGGCGCCCAGGGUCUCCAAAAGCAGAGAGCUUUCAGGGUCAUUGUUGCGGUGAUAGUGGUUUUCUUUCUCUGCUGGACACCAUACAACAUCACACUGGUGGCAGACACAAUUUAUUAUCGGAGGAGCAAUGAAAUAUGUGUCAGUUCAUCUCUGGAGAAAGCCAUUAUAGUGACCACUUUAAUAGGUUUCCUCCACUGCAGCCUCAACCCCAUCCUGUAUGCUUUCAUGGGCGUGAAGUUCCGUCUUCAGCUCUUGGACAUAAUGAGAACUCGUGGCUGGACAGUGAAGAAAAAUGCCAGAGUUCAGCUUGACAGGACGCAUGUGAAGAGCACCACAUUUUAAUAAGUUUGGCUACCCAGUUCAAUUCAGUUUUAUUUCUACAUCUUCAACAGCAGUCCAAAUUCUCUCAUGAUGCUUUACUGAACCCAGAGCCUGAAACUCUCAGAGUGGGCACAAAAUUCCUGUUUAACGGGAAGAAUCCUUGAGGUGUGCUCAAAGGUAGAGAGACAGCAAAGAAGAGAAACAAGUCAUUGAAAUCAUAAAUGCAUCUGAAUAAAGAAUACACUCAGCAUAUACAUGAUACAAGGAGAGUAUUAGUUGAUGCAUGAUCAUGAAAGGUCUUUGGUCAUGGUCAAACUGGAUGAGGCGAAACGCUUACUGGACGUACAUUAUGUUAAUACAGUUACUAUUAUAAGAAUAAAGCACAAAGGAGACUAUGACAUUCACUAGCAGCACAUGAAUGUGUGCACAUGUGUAGAGUAUAGAAGUUAAGUCAUGUUAAAAGUGGGGCAUUUUCCACUCUCUCAGUUUAAUAUUAGUGAAAGGCUUAAAUCUAUGUUGUUAUGUAAAUAUAUUCAUUUGGCCAAACUGUACAACUGUACAAUCUAUCAUAUACACCAAACAAUGUAAGAUUGUGAAGUGUUAAAAUACUGCGUGUAACCCAAAGCACCAAUCUCUUUGUUUCGUUUUGUGGGAAAUUUUACAAAUUCAAUAAAUCUGUGUUCACUGUUGUAUUUUACAACAUAAGGACAGAACUUUAGGAAUUAAAAGUGAUACGUUUUAUUUUA